AUGAAUCUUUUUAUUUAUGUCCUACUUUUGUCCAUUUGGACAAACAGUUGUUUAAAUACAAACCAAACCAAUGGAUCUUCUACUACAGGACCUAAGCACGUUGAAUCAAUGGAGACUAAAACGGACAAUUUUAGGAGACGCCUACUCGUUAUCAUAACUGGUAUUAUGAUCAUUGCUUUUGUCUUUACCUGCUUUUGUUUUCUCCAUUACAAUUGUAUGAGCGAGGAUGCACCCAAAGCAGGAACGGUCAAGAAAGAAGAUACAACAGCCAAGUCAUCCAGAUCAUCCAAAAUAUCAUUUAGUGAAUCCAAGAUAGCCAGUCCAUGCAGUCUAGAAAAACAAUCCAUGCUAUCCAGUAUAGACAAGUUUUCUGGGCCCUUAAGUCCAGAAAAGUCAUCCAUACCAUCCAGUGCAGAAAAGUUUAUCAGGCCCUUGAGUCCAGGAAAGCAAAGUAUAUCAUCUAGUACAAAAAAGUUAAACAGGCUACCAAGUCGAGAAAAGUCAUAUAAGCCAUCAAAAACACAAAAAAUACUCACGUCAUCCCACCCAGGAAAGUCAUAUAGAACACGUAAUCUAGAAAAGCCACAUAAGCUAGCUCAUGCCCGUAAGCUAGGUCGUCAGGCCUGUUCAUCCCAUCCAAAUAAGACAGUGAGGCCACCUUGCGCAGCCAGUCUACAAUAUACAGUCAGGCCAACCAAGCCACCCCGUCCACAAAAGCAAAUCUUGCCACCCAAGCGAUCCAGUUUACAGAAACUAACCAAAUCCCCUAGAUAUCGUAAUCUAAAAAGGUCAGUUAGUACAGGUAAGGCAAGCAUGUUAUCUAGGCCUCGGUUAAUCAGGUCUUGUCGAUGCUAUAAGGAAAAAUGCCUUGUUUGCAGAAAUUCUUCUGAGCCUUGGGUCAAUAAUAUUUCUGAGGCAAAGGGUAGAAAUGCUCAAAACUCACCUUUUCCAAGUGAAGCUAAGUCUUUUUCCAAGCCCUUUCAUGAGGGAGAUUACAGAGACAAUGUAUUCUGUGGCAAUGUGAGUAGCAGUGAUAUCAUGACAAAUGACAGUGAUGACAGUGGUAGGGAGAUAACCAUUAUUUGCAACAUAAAAUGCAAUGAAGCCAUCCUUAAAGGCACCCAAGAGAAUUAA